AUGAGGGCACCACCUCCACCGAGAAGGUCAAAGUCAAGAUUUUUAGCACAUUGCGUUGUUCAGUUACGACAAUUAAUUAGCUGCUACAGAUUGCGAAAACGGUGGCAUUUGCAUAAGCUGCACAAGAUUCACAGGACAGGAGGAGCUGCCGUCAGUCCGAUUUCCGGUAUUCAUGCCGAAGAUAUGAUGAAUAUGCCAACCGCUUUACAGCCAAGAAAUAGCAGGAAGAAACCAUUGCUCAUCGCUGAAUUCCCAAAAGGUUGCUCCAGGUCACCAAGAGUGCGUGUUUUGCAAAGGAACAGAUUAUCAAAAUUGAUGAUAAGCAAGAGAAAAUAUAAAUUGAAGUCCUUUGAUGUCGAUGGCGCACGUAAACUGACCGUUCAAGAGGCUGUAACUCACCAAUGUGCUAAUACUGUCGGAUCCAUUAAAAAGAUGACAUCGAGAAAUGCAGAUGUCAGAGUAAUUUAUCAUGAGACGAAUGUUAUUAAAUGUUCGAAACUAGAUUUCUCAACCAUUAAUCCUCAAUCGCCAGAAUUGUUUGAAUUUGCACCGAACAGAUCAAUACGAAUUAAAGAUUAUCCAUCGCUUAAAAGAAAUGCUGCAGCAGGUCUGCAAGUAAUGAAAAAUAAAACUCAAGAAUUAAGUGAAGACACGGCUCAAAAUUAUGCUUCAAAAUUUGAGCGUCUCACUCUAAACAAUCACAGACAUAAUUCUUCGGGAAAAAUUAUCAAAGUGAGCGAAUUCCCUGAGGCUCCACUUAUAUCUUACUCAAGAUUGGUGCCAACUGUAGUUGCUGAAAACACCAGUUCAAGGUUUUAUAAGCUAAAUCAAAAGGUAUGA